UUUUCCUAUCUCCACCGUUGCAUGAAAAAUUGCGCUGUGCGCUCUUAAAGCAAACAAAGCGGCGAAAGCAAAAUAGGCGAAGUAAAUACUCGUGGUGUGGAUGUAACACAAAUUUGCUCAAAGACAAAUUGGUGUCAUCGAUUUGUGACGCGUUACCAGCGUCGGGGAGUCAAGAUCAUAACCAUCUCUACCUAUGACUUUAUGGGUAACAUUGAUUUUGAAGUCACGGAAAGAUUUUCUGCGGAGUCUGCAUGUCCAGUGCAGCUGGUUUUCCAAAGCUCACCAAAACUGCAGUGAUCCACCUGCUACCAUGAAAAUACUCAAUGUCGCAGAGAAAAAUGAUGCGGCCAAAAACAUAGCCCAACAGCUGAGUAGAGGAACAUGCACUAGGCGAGAUGGCUUGAGCAAAUUUAACAAAAUUUAUGAGUUCAAUUAUAAUGUUCGAGGACAAAAUGCUGAAAUGAUUAUGACAUCUGUAUCUGGGCACUUACUGGGACUUGAUUUUGCUGGUCAGUACAGGCAAUGGCAAGGCUGCAGUCCUGUUGCAUUGUUCGAUGCCCCUGUUUUCACAAAAUGUAUAGAAAAUUAUGAAAACAUCAAGCGAACUCUUGAAAGAGAAGUACGCAGCUGUCAAAUGCUUAUUAUAUGGACUGAUUGUGAUAGAGAAGGAGAGCGCAUUGGAUUUGAAAUAAUUGAAACGUGUCAAGCCAUUAAACCCAAUAUCCAAGUGUUUAGAGCCAGAUUUUCUGAAAUAACCCUUCCUUCUGUCCAGAGGGCUAUUAACAACUUAGAAGCUCCUAACAGACUUUUAAAUGAGGCUGUCUGUGUAAGACAAGAGUUAGAUUUGAGAAUAGGAGCUGCCUUUACAAGGUUUCAAACCAUCCGCCUGCGACAGGUAUUCCCAACAACUCUUCAAGACAAAUUGAUUAGUUACGGAUCCUGUCAGUUUCCAACUCUUGGUUUUGUUGUGGAACGCUUUAAAGCUAUAGAAAAUUUCAUUCCUGAACGUUUCUGGAAGAUUGUUCUUAGCCACACUGUAGACGAAUUAACUGUUAAUUUUUCUUGGAAAAGAGUGAGACUAUUUGAAGAACUUGCUUGCCAAGUUUUGUUUGAUAAGGUUCAAGAGCACAAUGGAGCCAUUGUUGAGAAAGUUGUGAGCAAACCUAAAAGCAAAUGGAGACCUCUUCCACUAGACACUAUUGAAUUGGAAAAAUUAGGAUCUAAAAAGUUGAAAAUUAAUGCCAAGGAAACUAUGACAAUAGCUGAGCGUUUGUAUAUGCAGGGAUAUAUAAGUUAUCCUCGCACAGAAACUAAUAUUUUCCCUAAGACUAUGAACCUACCCAACAUAGUUGAACAGCAAACUCGUGACAACCAGUGGGGAGCAUUUGCCCAGAACCUCCUUCAGGAUGGCCCGAAUCCUCGCCAAGGAAAGAAAUCUGAUGAGGCCCAUCCCCCCAUUCAUCCCACAAAAUAUGCCGACAACUUGCAAGGAAAUGACAGGAAAGUUUAUGAAUUUGUAGUGCGCCAUUUUUUAGCAUGUUGUUCAAAAGAUGCGCAAGGCCAUGAGACUAUUGUAGACAUUGAUGUCAAUGGUGAGAAGUUUGUAGCCAGUGGUUUAAGAAUAAUUGCUCGUAAUUACCUGGAUGUGUAUCCAUAUGAAAAUUGGAAAGCGAAAGAAAUCCAUCCUUACGAAGAAGGUCAAAGAUUCCAGCCUACGAAGAUUGAAAUGGGAGCUAGUGAGACAGGUCCUCCUAAUCUUUUGACUGAAGCCGACUUGAUUGCUCUUAUGGAAAAGCAUGGGAUAGGCACUGAUGCAACACAUGCAGACCACAUUGAAACAAUCAAGAACCGUGACUAUGUUGGUCUAGAACAAAUAUACUUUUUGCCAGGAAAAUUAGGUUUAGGACUUGUUGAUGGGUAUGAUAGCAUGGGCUUUGCUAUGUCCAAACCAAAUCUACGUGCAGAGCUGGAAGCAGAUCUUCAGAGGAUUGUGGAUGGUACCCGUAAUCCGCAGGAGGUUCUAGCAGAGCAAAUUCAAAACUACAAGAGAGUAUUUGAGCAAGCCAUGGAACAGGCUGCUAAAAUUGAUGCAGCUUUAGCUGUGCAUUUAGAGGAACAAGGGCAGCCUGUUAUUGAAAAUGCUGUAAGACGUGAGUUUAGAAAGGUUUGUUCUUGCCCAUCAUGUGGACAAGACAUGGUGAUCAAGACUAAAAGAGAUGGUGGCUUUUAUUUAUCUUGCAUGGGCUAUCCAGCUUGCCGUGCAACAAUUUGGUUCCCUGCAUCUGUAGAGCAGGCGGAUGUUUCAGAUGAAGUUUGUGAAAAUUGUACUACAAGACCUCAGAAAAUCUGUUUUAGAUUCAAAUCUAGAAUGUUUGCUCCGCACUAUCCUGACAAUUAUGUUGGUUGUGUGGGAGGGUGUGAAGUAAACUUGGUAGAACUUCUUGGAAUACGUUCACUGAAAGAGUUAGCCCCAAGGAAUGCAGAUGUUCAAAGAAAUGGGAAUCCAGCUAGAAACACUCAAAAUGCCAACACUCAAGACAGUGGAUUUGGGAGUUUGGGGAAUGCCUCUUCUGGUAUCAGGAGGGGGGUAGGAAAUUCCUCAAGAGGCAAUGAAAGCACAAUUGGAGCCAGAGGUGCAGGUUCAGGCAACUCCAAUGGUGGGCUUGUCCCAAGAAGGCAGAACACAAAUGUUGGUGAUAAUGCCAUUGUGUGCCCGUGCAAUGUGGAAGCUGUUCAGCGGACUGUCCGGAAAGAAGGAGCUAAUCAAGGUCGUCCUUUUUACAGGUGUGCUAGUGAUAGCUGUAAUUUUUUUAUGUGGGCGGAUGAAGGCCAAGCAGCACCUCAAGGGGGCAGAAAUUUCCAUCAAACCACCUUAUCUAAUUUCAGUCAUGUUAAUAAUGAUAAUAGCAGUGGCAGUGGAGUGACAUGCGACUGUGGUGAACCAGCUAAAAGCCUCACUGUUCUGAAAGAUGGCCCUAACAAAGGUCGUGGUUUCUACGCUUGCCCAAAACCAAGGGAAACUCAGUGCAAAUUUUUCCAAUGGGCUGAUGAGGAAGGUGCCUCUGGCGGCGGCGGCGGUGGCGGCGGCGGUGGCGGCGGCGGCGGUGGCGGCGGCGGUGGCGGGUCUCUCAGACAAGCCAAUAAUAAUUUUAAUGACCGUGGUCAAGGUGGCGAUGGGGGCAGUGGAUUAACAUGCAACUGUGGUGAUCCAGUUAGAAGCCUCACUGUUCAGAAAGAUGGCCCUAACAAAGGUCGUGUGUUCUACGCUUGCUCUAAACCAAUGAGCUCCAAGUGCAACUUCUUUGUCUGGGCUGACGAAGCUGGUCAAACAACAGGAGGAAGAGAAGGCGGCGUAGGUGGCGGUGGCGGAAGCGGUAGAGGCAGGGGAUCAGGUCGAGGAAGAGCAAGAGGCAGCAGCUCAAGCUGGAGAGGAGCAGGCGGAAGUAGGGGUGGCACCUCGAGUAAUAGCUCUAAAGGCAGUAAGAGGAAAUGUGGUAACUGUGGACAAGAAGGUCAUUUUAAGCCCAAAUGCCCAAAUAUGCAAUGAACUUACCCAGCAUUGAUUAACAUUUUCUUAUCUUGAUUCAAUCAACUCUUCUCACACUAUGAUUUGGAUCAAAUCAGUUUGUUGAUACAGAGGCUUUUAAAUUUGAAUCUUUUCUUUUGUAAUUUUUUAAGUGUUACUGUUUAUUACUUUGAGAUAUAGUGUCAUUUGGAGA